UCCGACAGACAUCAUUGGAAUUUCUUAUCCAAUUGACGAAAAAACCCUCCGUCAAGAUAAGGACGGAGCGCCCGUUUCGUUUGACUGUUUCGAAGGUCGUCAGGUUUCUCUCCUCUCGUUCAAGAUCCAGGGUUGAUUCGAUCUCUGCGGUAGUAUAAUCCGUUGAUUUUUCUGGCUUCGCGAUCGGAGCUCGAUUUUCCUCGAAUUAUCCCUCCAUUUCAGAAUAAUGCCGGGAAAUACAAGUUGCACGGUUUACAUAGGUAACUUGGAUGAGAAGGUGAAUGAUAGAGUCUUGUAUGAGAUUCUAGUUCAGGCAGGCCGAAUUGUAGACUUGUAUAUACCUCGAGAUAGGGAAACCAGCCGUCCUAAGGGCUUUGCAUUUGCAGAAUAUGAAUCCGAAGAGAUCGCAGAUUAUGCUGUCAGGCUUUUCUCUGGCCUUGUCUCUCUUUACAAUAGAACACUGAAAUUUGCGAUAUCUGGGCAAGACAAGCCCUCUAAAAACAUGGCCGCUGCUCCGAUCACGCAUGCAUCAAACUUGCCUCCUAACCUGGGAUCACUGCCAAUGCAACUUAAGAAUACUGAAAAUUACCAACAGGCAGCUCAGUUUUUGACACCCUGUAGGUUUUCAGCACACAUCGGAUCAGUCUCUCCUAAUUUUCCAGAAGCACCUCCCACUGGACUAGUAAGAAAUGGAUAUAGAUCAGAUGUCAACAACAACAAUUUCGAUUAUAGUAGGCGCAUUUACGGGGGGGCAUUGGAUGGCAUUUGAGACUCAUCCAAGACAAGCAAUCUAUGGUUCCAGAAAACCCAUUUGCCUAUUUCUUCUGCUAAUCUCUCCUAGGUAAUGUAUCUCUUAGCUCAACUGUGUGUAUGGCUAGAUUCAUGUCCUUUCUCUGUAGCUCAACUUGUAAGUACUCUUUGGGUGGGAAGACAGAAGCACUUGCAGUCAGCUAGGAAGGUCUUUUCGCUAUCUAGUUUUAGCAAGUAAAUUAGAAGUUACGUUAGUUUGUUUGGGUUAGUUGAUUACAUUGCACUGUCUGUGUUGGUCUGUUUCUUUUGCUUUCCUUUAGUCCCGUACAGUUUUAGGGAGCUUUGCUGUCUCAUUAUAACAUGCAGUCAUGUACAAAGUAGUGACACUUGAUAGCGAAGUGGCACCAUUCCGUUGGUUUGGUCAUGUGUGUCUCUGUACAAGGUUUGAUGGUUGUAGGUUGUUGUGAGUUGUGACUUUUCAGCUCUCGUAUUCCAUACUUUUCGUUGCUUGUUUCA